AAGCAUCACACCUAACCCCACUCAAUUUUGAUUGGCUGGAUAUUAGAAUUAUCAAUUCCCUUAUUUUUUUUAUCCUUAUCUUUUGGUAUAAAUAACCAGGUGGUAUAUGACACGCGACAAUUAACACUCGUUUAUUGUAGUCAAAAUGGUCAUGGAUUCAGAAAUCAGUUUUCCAGCUAGACAGUUAUUCACAUGUUCCAGCAAUUGUACGAUGGAUAAGACACUUUUUACCAAAAGAAGGCAACAGGAAGCUGAUAACGCUAUGAAGUCAUCGACUGAGCGAUUUCAAAGGAUGUAUGACAUUAAUAUUAACUGUUUCACACCAAAUUAUGCAUCGGAAACGCCAUCACCCAUAUCUGAUUAUGCACACUUUAACGGGACAAUGAAAAAUUUACCUAAAUGUUUAUCAACUCCGGCAGUUAUCGCUGAAAACAAUGAUACUAAGAGCAGUAAUUCAUGUGAUCGCUGGCAAUGGGAGCUGAUAAGUACAAAAAAUCAAUAUAUACCAUCGUUUUAUUUGGGCAAACAAUGCCAUUCAGAUACUUGUGUCUCAAUAGAUCAGCAUGACAGUACCCAAGUGCUCCAAACACCAAUAAAACAAAUACGUUAUGCGAAAGCAAGUAAAGUGAAGAAGGGAACAAAUGAACUUUUGACCUCACAACAUAGCAAUUUAUUGAAAAGUAAUGUAGAGAAUUCAAAGAAAAAUAAACUUAUAUCGGCCAAAAUUAACUCAUGGAAUUUACCUGUGAAAAAAUGGCCUCAAAAUCUUGCUCACACUGUAAAACAUACACUUUUAAAUCAUGUUUUGGAACGAUCAUAUUCACUUACGACGUUAAAUACUUCUACAUUAAACAAAUUAAAUGUAUCGAAUUCGAUUAUUUCAUAUAGAACUGUGAAUUCACUUCAGGAACUACUAGUUAAUGAAUCAGUACCCUUUAAUUCAUACACAAAAUAUGGAAUUCGUAAACAUGAAACACCAGAAAGUGGGAAAAUCGCCUAUCCUAUUACGAAAUAUAGACAAACAACGUUACUAGAAAUCCUUCCUAAAUGGCGUGAGCAGGCAGAGAAACUACAUUUAUCAGAACAAACAAUAUUGUAACUUUAUUGAUAUAUAAAUGUCAAAAAUCUAUUGAAAACAUGUUUUUCUUAGGUAAUCAACUGGCUUCAUUUCUUUACGGAAUGUGAUGUGGCGUCUCAAUAUGUACAAAUUAAACAAAUGUCUUUCAAAAUGUUCAUUAAUGAAAAGUGAUUGUUAUAAUUAUCAGUAGUAUAAUGAUGACAAGAUCAAUAUGAUAACAAUCAAAUAAGAUAGUCUAUUACUCAUUAAAUAUUCAAUUAUUAUCUGUUUCAAUACUCAAAUCUAAUACUGUUCUCUCCAUAUUGUCAAUAAAAACUUUGAUGAUACAAAUAAUAUAUAGGGAAAGAUUAUUCAACCCUCCCCGUCUAAUGAUUAACAAUAUACUGAGAUCUGAUUACUUUCAUGUACAUAAAUGAAGAAUAACUAUAAUGAUUUGUAAAUAUUAUGCUUUUUUCCAUACCUGUACUUUUGUUAAAUUUAUCUGUAUAAUAUUUGAAUAAUUAUUGAAAUAAACUUUAAUUAAACC